AUGGCGUCAAAUCCAAACGCCUCCGUCUCCGCCACUCAAAUUGUAACCGCCGCUGAGUUCCAUGAAAAAAUGCCUCUAUCAAGUUCCCUUCCUAUCAGAGCUCCUCUGACUCUUGAUGAUUCCGAAACUGAUUUUUCAAGUGACGCCACACUUUCCGAUACCGCCUCAAACUCUGACCUAGAGCCCGAACCACAUUUUGCCUCUCAACAAGAUGAAGAAGAAGGAGAAGAGUGUUUUGAACUUGACGAUCUUUCCCCUCUCGUGCAAGUACCUUUGCGUGUUACUCCAUUCGCUCAUUUAUCUACCAAAGACGAAGACGAAGACGAAGACGAAGAUGAAGAUGAAGACGAAGAUGAAGGUGAAUACGAAGAUAAUGAAAUGUUAAGUGAUGUGAGAAUACCGGAGAACAUUGUCGUCGCACCGAUAAUUAAGACGCUGAACGUUGAAGAAAGUUCCGAGAAUUUACAUGCAAACGAGUUGACAUUUUUGGAGAAUACAAGUUCCGGUGUUUCCAUUGAUGAGGAAAUGCGUGGUAAUGGAUUAAGAGUAGCUUGUGAUGGAAGCUCUAUUGCAACUGAUUCGGAUGCUAUGUCGCAGUGUUCACAAGACAGUUUGAACAAUGAGGAAUUUGAGAAGGUAAAAGUUGCUUUAAAUGAAUUAGAAAAAGUUGAAAUAAUUAGGGUUGAUUUGAUUGAGAAUGACGAUGCUGUAAUACAAAGGAAUUGGGAAGUGGACAACAACACUGGUACCACUGAUACGGUGGAAGAAAUUUCAAAUACUUGUUUAUUGGAAUCAUAUGCCGAGGACUGUAGCGAAACUAUGAUGCCACAGCAGAGUAUAAGUGUUGUCGAUUUAGGUGAACAGAGUCCCCAAGCAGAUGAAAAUAUUGAAGAUAGCAGCACAAUACUGGCUUCAAAAGCUACAUUACAUGAUUCUUCUGCUGAUAUGGUGGAAGAAAUUUCAAACACUGGCUUAUUGGAGUUCAAUGAUGAGGGUUUUACAGACAGCAUGAUGCUGGAGGAGAAUACAAUUGUUGAAUUUUUAGAAUUCUUAGAAGAAAAGAAUCCCCAUUCAGGUGAAUCUCUAUCAGAUGCCUUAGCUGAAAAUAGUGAAUAUAUUACUAAAACAACUCAAAGUAAUGCAGCUAAUGGAAGUCAAGAUGUUGCUGCUUCUCAUCAAGAAAGUGAGAGUGAGAAACUGGAAAGCAUAACUGAAUAUGUAGUUAACUCAAAAGCUAUGCUGCAUGAUUCUGCUGUUGGUUUUGAAUGCAAUGGCGAUGCUUGUGAAGGUAACAAAAUUCAGGGUGUUGAGUAUUCUGAACAUUCUGAUCCUGCACUACUUGAAAAGUGGGCAUAUUUGGAGAAGGGUUUGUCUGAAACUGUUUCAAGUGUUAUUCAAGAAGAUGGGCUGUUUUGUGAUAACCAUUCAAAUGAAAAUGUGGAAACAUUGGACUUCGGAGACACUGUAAAUAAAGAGGCUACUACGGAGCUAAACAUAGUAAGUCAAGAAUCAAAAAGAGAAGGUUCAGCUUUGGAUGAAGAUAUGGAAGAGUAUAUGUCAGUUGGCCUUGAGCAGUUCAGGGAACAAAUUGCAGCUCUCUCUAUUCUUUUGAGUUCAAAAGGUUCUGGAAAGAACUCUCAUGAAGAACAGACGGUCAGUAGUCCAGAUGGAAGAAUGAACUUAUCAAAGGAUGAUGUGAGAAGUCAAUUAUUUUAUUUUGAUAGUGGUGGUGAAUCAGAUUGCAACGCAGUUACAGUCACUUAUGCCGAUCAAUCCAAUGUUAUUUUCCUCAAAGGUCCGGCUAGUUUCAAUUUCUUACCAGAUGACGAUGCUCAAGCUGGGUUCCAACACAUUAUAAGUUGGUUGCAGAUAUUGGAAGGCGUUCAAAUCAAGAAUCUGUCAUUAGGUCAGCUAAAAUAUUAG